CUCCAUUACCCAUUGUCUCAUCUUUCUUACCUUUCACCAUCUGUCUUGCCAUCCACACAUUCACUGUCACCGUCCAUCAACUCACCGUUGUCAUCCGCGCCCACCUGCUCCAUUGACGCUCCUCAUCACAUCACAGCCAACUCUCGCCAUGGGUGAACUAGACAGCGACUACUUUGCAAGCCGUCACCACUUCGACAAGGGCUUUGAUAGCGCGUUUAGCUCUGGUGAUACCCCGCUUUCCACGGCGGCCACUAUCAACAGUGCAGUCUGCUCCAUCGGUGACGACGGCUUUCCGUUCCCUAGCCCCACUCCAGCCUCAUACGGCCUCCCGUCUCCUGUCGCAUCACCAGCAUUCACACCUCCCAUCCGUCUACCUGCGCCAGGCAACACCCUUGCGGGCAUGGUGCACCAUCGCAGCCGCUCCCGCACACUCUAUGGGCGCCCUCCCGACUCGCUUAUGGCCACCAUCGCUGCUGCACCGAAAGCUCCGUCGAAUGCGCGUCCUUCCCUCGUGCGAGCACUCUCCUCGCCUCUCCGCAAGAAUGCCGCUGCUCGCUCGGUGCGUUCUCUCCCUCCUUCUCCAGACAGCUAUGCCUCCUACCAGCAAUACAUUCAUUCUCCUCAGUCCCCGCUUCCCCUCUUGGGAUUUCAUGUCGAACCCGACAUCCAGUUUACCGGACCCGACAUCACCUUGCGCCACCUACCAUUCUGGGCACCCACGAGGCACCCCACCCCUCGCCCAGUGCCCAUCGUUCCGCCUCCUCCCGGCUACCGCGAGGCGCCAUCUUCAUCCUCUUCAACCCCUCGCCACCACCGUGACAUCGAUUCUGCUCGCCAUCGCACACCUAACGUCCCGUCUGGCUCAAAUUUGCUCGACAACACUGAGACCGUCUUCGACCUCAAGGAGCGGAUUCUCGUUGUACAGUACAAGCCUCGCUCGGUCGUGGCGAAAGAGCUCAGCGCCUACCUGCACCAGCGGAUGGGAGACAUGUCCUUUGAGAGCGAUGACGACCGCGGCGUGGCCAUCUUCUGCUUCAUUAACAAGCCCGCUCGCCUUGCCAAGCCCCAGCUCUACAACUACGCUCGCGUCAAGAGGCUCUCUCUUACGGUUACGGUCCUCAGUGAUGUCGUGGGCCCUUCGACUCGAAAGGCAUAGCAAUUGCAAUUCGCAAACUCCGAUUUCCCUUCCAUGUUAGGUAGCAUACCCAGCAUACAGCACGCGAGCAGUGAAGUUAGUUUAGUACCCAUGCGCAUGCAGUGUCGCAGAGCUACUGGGAUGCAGAUCUCUCGUUCCG